AAACUCCGCUCUCGUCUCUCCAAAUUUGAAAAGAGCCGUAAGAGAGUUGGAUCUGAGGUAAAGACGAAGAUUGGGAUGAUGGAUUCAGCAUAUUUCGUAGGGAGAUCGGAGAUUCUAGCGUGGAUUAACUCAACCCUGCAACUAAAUCUCUCCAAAGUCGAGGAGGCUUGUUCAGGAGCAGUUCACUGCCAGCUCAUGGAUUCGGUGCACCCUGGAGCUGUGCCGAUGCACAAGGUUAAUUUCGAUGCCAAGAGUGAGUACGAGAUGAUUCAGAACUACAAGGUCCUUCAGGAGGUGUUUAACAAACUCAAGAUCACUAAGCACAUAGAAGUGAGCAAGCUCGUUAAGGGUAGACCAUUGGAUAACUUGGAGUUCAUGCAAUGGUUGAAGAAGUACUGUGAUUCUGUCAGUGGUGGUGGCCACCUUCACAAUUACCACGCACUGGAGAGAAGAGAAGGCUGUAAAGGAGGAAAAGAAGCAACCAAGAGAGCUGCUGCAGCUACACAACAAUCAGGCAAGGGUUCUUCUUCUUCUUCAGUUGCACCUAGACCUUCAUCUUCGAAUGGAACCCGUAGACACGAUCCACCAUCCUCCAACACUGGGAAUCACCACUCUUCGAAAGCACCCUUCUCUAAACAAUCUAAACCGGUGCCUGCUGCUUAUGAUGAAAAGAUCACAGAACUGAAACUGUACAUCGACAGUUUGGAAAAAGAAAGAGACUUCUACUUCUCUAAACUAAGAGAUGUUGAGAUUCUCUGUCAGAACCCUGACACUGAAAACUUACCUCUUGUUGGUUCCAUUAAAAGGAUACUCUACGCAGCAGAUGGAGAAGACGUUGGAGCAGCAACAGAAACACAGAACUUAAGCCGUAUUGAUGAAGGAUCAGAAGAGAGAAGGAGCAGUGGAAUAGAGUCGCAGAAGAGGAAACUCAUUGUGAAUCUCGACGUGGAUGCGGCAGCGAUUACAACUCUCUCUCCAAGGCAACGCCUCUCUGAUUCUUCUGAUGUCAAAUGCACUGGAUCAUCUCCUCUUUUAACAUGCUGAAUCAGAAAAACAAAAACAAAAACAAAAACAAAAACGAUGAAUGUCUCCGAGAAUUGGUUCUAUGUUUGAAAAAUCCCCAUCACUUGUUAUAUAGACCUAUUUUUACAAAUAUCAUUUGUGUGAUGUUUUGUGAUACUUUUUUUAUAAUAUGUUCUGGUUCCUAGCUA